GCUCCAACUCAGGAUGCUCCGACGACCUGCUUCGUGCUUGCGGUUGCUAAGAGCCUCGCCUGUCUGUCGCCUGUCAAAUUCUCACUUUCGAUAUGUGUCCACAUCACCCCCAUUGAUCCGCAUCAAGGACGGUUCUUUUUACCGAGACUAUCCCGCUGAGAAUGACUCCGUCAAAGGCGUCAAUCACCCUCUCUUCCAGAAUUUCAGCUUUCUCCUCCCAUCCGCAGGCACUGCUGAUCCGGGGAAGGAGAAUUUUCUGCAGCACUGGGCAGUAAUCGGUUCCCUACAUAGGACUGACCUGCUGGACAUUCUCCGCGGUCAGUUUAUCUGCAUUCCACCCACCGCGCGCAGCUAUCCCUACCUCCUCACAGACGAGAUUGCCGUCAAGGAUCCACGCCUACGAUUUGUGGGGAAUGCUAUCCAGUAUAUCGGAUUCAGGGGAGAAGGCUCUGGUGCUAUCGGGGGCACCCGCGGCGCAUACCUGAGCGCCCGCUACGAGAGUUUUCGAGAAGAGACAGAUUGGACCGUCCGUCAAUACCUCAAGGGACAGACAUCACUGAAUCCACUGGAAGGGGAGGAGGAGGGAACCGUUCAUGACGAAAAGUUCCUUGCGCAGGUCAUCUCUGACUUGCAUCUGGAAAGCCUUCUUGAUAUGCCAGUCGCCAACCUCAGCAACGGUCAGACACGACGGGCCCGGAUUGCAAAAGCGUUACUGGGAAAGCCGGAACUACUGCUUCUGGAUGAACCCUUCAUGGGACUUGACCCAGCCACGACCAGGAGCAUCUCUGGUGUGCUCGGCCGUCUGGCCGAGAAAUGCUCGCCUCAUCUGAUCCUUGGCUUGCGGCCGCAGGACGAUGUUCCGGAUUGGAUCACUCAUCUCCUUAUCAUCGGGAAUUCAGGACACAUCCUCCUCCAGGGUGAAAGGUCAAACGUUUCAAAGACGUUGAAUGUAUGGAGGCAUCUCGGCCAAAAGAAGAGGCCAACACUCACCAAAGACGAAAAGGAGAUCUUACGGGAAGCAAAAAAGAAUCUAAAAGCGGGGAUAAUCGACGAACAGCUCCUACGGGAUUUGAAAUUAACACCCAGGGAACGGGGUACUGGGCCGGAAGUUCUCCGAGGAGACGGAGAACCUCUGGUCCAAAUGGAUGGAGUCAAGGUAGAGUACGGUGAAAAGGUGGUGCUUGGAAACUGGCAGCAGAAGGUCAAUGGGGAGCCCCAGCCUGGUCUACACUGGACAGUCCGUCGUGGGCAGCGCUGGGUGAUUAUUGGCCCCAAUGGAUCAGGCAAGACCACCUUAUUGUCACUGGUUACUUCAGACCACCCUCAAGCCUAUGCCCUCCCAAUUAGACUCUUUGGUCGUUCACGACUCCCUGAACCUGGCAAACCAGGCAUCUCCGUCUUUGAGCUCCAAUCCCGCCUCGGCCACUCGUCGCCUGAGAUCCAUGCCUUCUUCCCCCGACAAUUGACAGUGCGUCAAGCGCUUGAGUCCUCUUUUGCCGAGACCUUCCUGUCAAAACCAAAACUGAACCAUGAUCGCGACCUCGACAUCAGCGCCAUGCUUCGCUUCUUCAAAGCCGAUCUUGACUCUCUCAACGAAGCGCCCCCAAAAAUUGCUCUCCAUGACAGUAAAGAGUUCCCCGACAUCGCUGGCAAACAUGGAAAACACUUGUAUACACCUGCCGACUACGAUGUCGACUAUGCAGACAUUCUCACAUUUGGGUCCCUGACUACCAGCCAGCAGCGUCUCGUCCUUUUCCUCCGCACACUGGUCCACCGACCAGACAUUGUCAUCUUAGACGAAGCCUUCUCCAGCAUGUCCGCCUCCCUCCGGGACAAAUGUAUCCAGUUCCUUGAAUACGGAGAGACAUCUGCCGGCAGCACUGGGAGCACUGACAGGGAUCAUGACACCCCCAUUCGCUUUGCGGGUCUCUCAGACAACCAGGCCCUCCUCAUAAUCAGCCAUGUUAAGGAGGAAAUCCCAGACUCGGUCCGCCAUUACAUACGUCUUCCAUCAGAAAUCGGUGGUGCUGACGGAGAGUAUCUCGACUUCCGAAUGGGGACCCUUCAACCGGGGGCUGUAUUCAAUUCACAUAUCUGGGAUGUGGUUUGGUCGCCAUCAAAAGAGUUUGAGAAACAUUCGCAGAAGAAUUACUCAGAAGGUGGGGUCAAGGAGGAUGGCCUUGAGUGGGACACUCUGCAAUUGUAAUAUAUUAUAUAGACCUUAUCUAGAUGAAGAUAUACUACUAUACAUUGUACAUUCGGCAAGC